AACUGGAUCCUGGCCCUCGCAUUUUGGCAGAUUAGAGGCUUUCUGAGAGGCUAGAGCCUAGGUGUGGAGCCGGAGUUUGAGGGUGUGACCUGACCGAUGCGCAGCAAGCCCUUGAGAAUCUCAGACUGGAAAGUGUACUACAAACUCGAAAUCCUCGCGCGUUUCGUCUGCCACAGUCUACCUGCGGUGGGCCCAGUUUGUUCCUGACCCUAGCGGAUGAACCCCGGAACGAGGCGGAGCCAGGAUAUGUGGGCGCCCUGAGGCCCAGCUACCCGACUUGGGUUAAACUGAUGAAAAGUGUGUCUGCGGUUCAAAGGUCAGAGGUCAGUGUAGUGAGGGGGUCAAAAGUCAGAGGGGUACUAAGGGGCGUCCACGACAGGGACCAAAUACUCGGGAGACAGAUGUGUGUGUAAGGCGCUGGGAGAAAGGAAGGAGAAGCCGGGAGGGAAGAAGGUGGACGUAGUGCGAGGGGAGCGGCGAGACUCUGGAGAAAGAGACGGGGGAGAGGAAUUCCUGAAUAUCCAUUCCCAGAGUUCAGGCCGUCACUGUCGUUCUUAGCCCGGCCUUUCUCAAUUGCAAGCCCCCCUGUGUGAGGAGAUGGCUUCUCCCUCUAGACAGCCGCCCUUUGGGGGAUCAGGGCUGCUUCAAGGGACCCGGGCUCGUUCUUAUGGAAGCCUGGUGCAAUCAGCCUGCUCCCCUGUGAGGGAAAGACGCCUGGAACAUCUACUGAAGCCUGGAGACACGCUGGCUGGGCUAGCGCUCAAAUACGGAGUGACGAUGGAACAGAUUAAGCGUGCAAAUCGCCUUUAUACUAAUGACUCCAUCUUCCUGAAGAAAACCCUCUACAUCCCCAUCCUGACAGAGCCCAGAGACCUAUUCAAUGGUUUGGACUCUGAAGAAGAGAACAAUGGAGAGGAAGAGGUGUACCCAAGUAGGGACAAAGCAUGGUCACCCUCAGCUGAGAGGAGCAAACAAAAGAUGGGCUCCGAGUAUGCCAAAGGUGACAGCGUCCCUCCCACUACUGGACAGGACCACCCUGGGCCUGCCCAUGACCUCUCUGCCUCAGAUUUCCUUAAGAAGCUUGACUCACAGAUCAGCCUGUCAAAGAAGGUCGCUGCACAGAAGCUGAGCAAAGGAGAAAUUGGGGUACCCAGGGAAGAUGCGUGUCUCCACAUGAGCUCCCCACAGACCCAGCAACGAGCAGUCCUAGGUCCUGUACCGUUGACGCGGACCUCUCGGACUCGGACACUACGGGACCAGGAGGAUGAAAUCUUCAAACUCUGAUGUCCCCUGAACUGACUGAGAGAAGCAGAAUUUGGAAGGAACAACUUGAAGGAGAGAGGAGCCUGAGGUGAGGCUCAAGAACAUGGCUUUCCCAGCCUGCCUCCCUCAACUCCCAACUAUCUCCUCCAGCCUCCUGUCUGUCACAAACUGGAGUGCAUUUUUUUUUUUUUAAAGUAGGAGAUGAGAAUCAGACCCCUUUCCAGUUGUCAGCUGAAUCUGGAGUUAUCCUUUAGAUUCAGAUGGCUUUUUUACAUCCCUGCUGCCUUUCUUAUCUUUUUCACUGUAUUCUGCCCUUAGAGCAGGGAAGCAGAGACUCCCCUUCAACUUCCCAGCUCCAACUAUGUUAUCUAAUUUAUUUGGUGCUAUAUUGAGUAAUAUUUAUUUGCUAUAUCUAACUCCUUCCCACUCUCAGCUGAAAAAUGGGAUUUCCGUAACCUGGAACACUGAGCCAGUGGCUGCUGGUUCCUCAUCUUCUCCCAGCUCCUUUCUGAGCACGCUACUGAGGACAGGGAAUCAGCGAUCUGGUGUCACACCCAGGAUGGCAAGGUCAAGGAUUUGGGCUCAGUCUUGACUAACAAGUUCCCUGUAACUUUUUCACAACCCUUGCUCUGAGAAAAACAACAAAGUAGGGACUUGACCUCUCCAUUCCACCAAUUCAUCCUUCUAACCUGUCCUGUGCUCUGCCUGCAGUGGGGCUGAGGGUGGAAGGAGAGUCCUGUGGGGCUCAAGGAGGAGGUUGGCUUGGGAGGCUCUUAGUUGCAUAUCCUCCCCACCAGAGCCUGUCUAUGCCUUGAUCUUCACUGUGUAUUUAUUUGCAGUCUGUAGCACUGAUCUGCAGCACAGUUUGUUUUUUGUUUCUCAAACAGAGAAGUAGGCAAGGGAACCUCAAUGUACUGGAAAUAUGCCUCAGUCUCCUGUGUGGAAGUGGUGAGAGGUGAGAUAAGUGGUGUCUCCAUACCUCCUUUCCUCUGUGAUGACCCUACGCUGUAGAAGCUGGAGAGAUUAAACACUGAGCCCUGUG